AUGCGGUCAGUCUUUGGAUGUCUACUACUGCUUUUCAUCUUUUGCUUCCUCAAUGCACUAUCACCCGUAUUGGGUCAUAUGUCUCCACAAGAAGUGGAUGUUUUGAUGCAGCAAGAUUUACUCAAAAGAGCACCCCAAGCUGAUACAAAUCCUUCGGCACCACCAGCGAGUGGACAACAAUCACAAUCACAAGGAGGAGGAGGAGGUUCAGCACCUGCUGGAUCGAAUGGAGGAGGAGUCAACACAGCACCACAAACAGCAGCAGGAUCGAGUUCAGCAGCACAAGGAGGAGGUGAUGCACUUGGUGACUUACCAACAUCCACCAGCUUUGGCAAUACAGUGUUUCCAGGCAGUGCUAGUUUCCUUACGCCUACCGGUAGUGGAUCCGUAUCACCUCUUUUUCGUAUCGAUGGCCGAGAAAAUGUCACCUUCGUUUGGGAAUAUGAAUCGGUAUCCGUACGUCCUGUCAACUUGACGCUUGCUGCAGCAGGUCCCAACUCUGUCACUUAUACCAUUGCCGCUCUUCAAGGCGGUGCCACCAGUGCAGAAUGGCAUAUUGCAAACAUUCCUCGAGAAUCCCCUCUGAUGAACGGCUACUACGAGAUUCAACUCUAUGAUCAGCGAGGCAUCUCAGCAAGCGAAUCACCUGGUUGGCUAUCACCCCAAACGACUUUGACCAUUGCAUUCUAUUCCGGAGAGACGUAUGCAAAUGCAACCGAUACAGCUGGUAAUGAUUGUCCGAUAUGCUUGUACGAUGCUGCAUCCACCUUCAAGGCAUACGGUACAACACUUGGAGUUGCUCUCGUGACCUCUGCCUUCUUCAUCUAUGGUAUCCUCUACUAA